AUGAUUUUCGUUUUGGAGGCGUCGGUCGGGUCGGUGUCGAACUACAUGUAUUUACACAUAUAUCAAACCCGCUUUGACUGUUUGUCUCGGACCCACUACAAAUAUGAAAUGGAAACAAUGCCUCACCAAUCACUUGUUCAAAUUAACCCUAAGUCAAGACAAUCCGUCGGUCUGGAAACGUUUGGAAUUGCAAAUAUUUCGCCAUCGACAGGGCACUACAAGGCAGGUCCCGCAUUUCAAAGUCAAGUCACUACUACGCGGAGCUGUAACACGAAGUGGCUUUUUUUCCUGCCCUCUCAGCCCUAG